CCUAAAUUAUAUUUCUUGUUAGGGGCGGUGGAUAAGUGUCGUUAUAGUGCUUUAUUAUCAUCAAGAGCUUGGUUACCAAUUUUAAGCUCUGUUUUUCGAUCAUUGGYCCAACCCCACGAAGAAGAACCAUACCUAGAAAGCUAUCUGGGUUUCGCUUUUAAUAUUUUGAACUACUGAGCACGCGAUCAAACGCUUCAAUCUGAUUUGCGAAUUUGAUCAUUUGUCUCAGUCAAAUCCCAAGGUAAGAAGGUUGGAUUUUCCCUCAUCAGCAGUGUAUCGGAACAAAAAUCAGAAUCUGGGUCGAUGGCUAAUCUCUAUGUGAAGGCUGUGCCUCCGGCGGAUCUGAAUAGGAACACAGAAUGGUUCCUGUAUCCCGGUGUUUGGACCACCUAUAUUCUCAUUCUGUUCUUCGCCUGGGUUCUCGUCCUCUCCGUAUUUGGCUGCUCUCCUGGCAUGGCCUGGACCAUCGUCAAUCUCUCUCAUUUCGCUGUCACUUACCACUUCUUCCAUUGGAAGAAAGGGACACCAUUUGCUGAAGACCAGGGGAUCUACAAUAGAUUGACGUGGUGGGAGCAGAUAGAUAAUGGAAAGCAGCUUACCCGCAACAGGAAAUUCUUGACUGUUGUUCCCGUGGUGCUGUACUUGAUAGCCUCACACACAACUGACUAUCAACAUCCAAUGUUAUUUCUCAACAGUCUUGCAGUAAUUGUUCUAGUUAUUGCAAAGUUUCCCCAUAUGCACAAGGUACGUAUCUUUGGAAUCAAUGCCGACAAGUGAAGCUCGCAUCAAGAGAUUUUCAGUUCGACUUGCCAAAGAGCUUCUCGCCCUUGUCUUUGAUCUGGUAAAAUGUUAUAUCUUUGUAUAGUAGUUGGGACUGGAAGGAUACUGAAAAAUUUGUAGCUUUUUUGUACCGACUGCUUGUUCCACCUGUUGCUUAUUGAAUAAGUAAAUGCAAUUAUCUUUUAUACAGUAGAAAAAAUGUGAUGCAUUUGAGUUUCACUCUGCCCUGUUUUCAAGCUUAUAAAGUCUUUUUUUCCCUA